AUGGCAAUGGGAAAUCCUUUAUCAUCACUACUCUCAAACUUGUACAUGGAAUUCUUUGAAAAACGCUGCUUACCUAAUAUCACUUAUAUUCCUGUAAAGUGGUAUCGUUAUGUUGAUGAUAUUUUAGCUGUUCUGCCUGUCGGUAUUGAUGUAAAUGAUUUACUCUCUAAAUUGAAUAACCAGAAAGUAAAAUAUGAAACUCAGAAAAUUGAGAAAACAUCUAUAAAGUACUCAGUCCAGGCAAAAGUUAUGAAGUUGAGCCUAAUGCUCAUAUUACCCAAACUAGGGAGAUAUUUGGUUCACUCUUGCAUCCGAUCCUCUGUUGCAGGAUGUGGCCGACAAAAUCCUGUGGUCAGGAUAGUUGGAGGGCAGCCAACAACAGUGCAUGAAUACCCCUGGCAAGUGGCAUUAACAACUCUCUUGUCAUACAAACCAUUUUGUGGUGGCUCAAUCAUCUCUUACAAGUGGGUCCUAACAGCAGCUCACUGUGCUGCAGGAGCCACCCCAUUAAAUUUGUAUGUGGUCAUUGGAGAGCAUAACUGGGCCACAACAUCCGAGACGAAUGUAACACAGAAAAUCAAAGCAUUAUUUAUGAUUGUCCAUCCACAAUACAACAGUAACACUUUAGACAAUGAUAUGGCUUUGAUUAAACUGGCAUCUGCAGUUACUUUCCCAGCAGACAACAAGAUUGCUCCUGUGUGUCUGCCAGAUCCAGGCAAUGCCUAUGCUAAUGUGAAUGCUACAGUCACUGGUGGUACCCAACCUCAAGAAUUAUAUGAGGUGGAAGUGCCAACAAUGACCAAUACAAAGUGCCAACAAUCACAUGGAACUAAUAGCAUCACAGCAAACAUGAUUUGUGCUGGAGUGGAUGCUGGAGGAAAAGAUUCUUGUCAGGGCGACUCAGGAGGACCAUUGGUAACUGAGGUCAAUGCAGUCCAAACAUUCAUGGUUCAGAUUGGAGUGGUCUCCUGGGGCAAUGGCUGUGCCCUCCCCAAUUAUCCUGGGGUGUAUGCCAGAGUGAACAACUAUCUCGACUGGAUAUCGGCAAACAUUGCAGGCUCUGAAUCUUGUCCAAGGCCAUAG